CUUCAGUGGGCAAGGCUCUUCCAAAGCUGCGCCAUAUUAAAAAACCUCAGAAAUAUUUCGUCGGUUUUUCGGUCGGUUAGAAGAUUUCAAUUUCCAUCAAGAAACCGUCUAUCAUUCCGCGUUCGUUCGAUCGAGGUGAAAUUGACGGACUUGGCGCGUGAAUUCGUCGGUUUUAGGAAGUGAAUUAUGGGUAACGGAGAAGACGCGAGUGCCUUUGACGUUUGCGAACCAUAUUGAAAGGCAUUUUGGAGAAGUUUCGUUGUCAAAGAGAGAUUGAUUGUCUUUCGGUGAAAAAAUGGUAUCGAGGCGGAAGAUCCUGUCUCGAUCGCGGGACAAUCUCGUUGAAUCACAGUACGAGGACCAGGACGAAGAGGACGUGUGGUACAAUCUCGAUAAACUUCACAAGGAUCACAUUCAGGAAGUGUUGGACAAAUGGAAUCAAAUAGACGACGAGAUUUGGGCAAAAGUGAUCGUUUUCGAGAGGAAUCGAAGAGUGGCGAAAGCAUACGCCAGGGCCCCUGUUCUCACCAUUAAUGGCUCCAACGAUGGAUUCGAUGGAUUCAGGAUAGGUCUGUGCGGCUUCGAGAAUCCGAUGAGGGACGUGAAGACGGAGGAGGCUAAGAAACACAUAAAUCAAGGCGUGAAGAUCAAGAUGGACGAGCAAGGGAAUAUACUAAUUAAAAGGCUGUGUAAAAAUAACGUUUACAUAAAGCCAACGAGUCAGGAAGACAACGCAAUUGGAGCGGAAAUCGCACGGAAUUCUCAAGGAGCGUUGGAACACGAGAAGCCAGGGAAAGUGUUCGAUAUGAACAAAUUCCAAACGAAUCUAUCUCGAGAAACUCGAAGAGCCUACCCCGACAGAAGAAGACUUGAAAUGCAAUGUUUGAGCGCCAUCGUUUUUGUCAGAACAGAGCCAGACCUUCUCCAGUGUCCCGUUUGGGUUCUUAUCGUGAACGUCGUUGGUCUGGACAUGUUGAAGUCCAAGUUACCACCAGUUUUAGCGCUGCAAAGGCCUGUGGACAUCAAGAAUCGUCCCAGGAUACCGAUUCCUGACGAGGAUCCUUACAGUGUAGCAGGAGUUUCGUCUUCCAUUGGAGUGUCCGAGACCUUCCAUCAAGAUAGAGAGACUCGAGAUCAGAUCUAUGCUCAAUCGACGAGCUGUAGACAAAGAAGAACUGAGAGACCACCGAAGCUACCACCAAGGGAGAAUCUCUACGGCCACGAUAUACCCAAACCCGAUUAUGACGACAUAGAAGAUGACUAUGGCAGGAAACCCGUCAUAAUGAACGAAGAGAAGAGAAGAAACGAUGACAAAAAGAAAUACGACGAUCCGUAUUAUUGCGGAUUACGGGCUCGUGUUCCAAACUUCGUGAAGAUGGCGAAGAACAGCAAGGUCUCGUCGCGAGGCUACGCGAAACCUCCCCAAGCGCCCACGUACGCAGCCACGGGAUACGCCAGCAGCCAGUCUUCUCAAAUUUACGGCCAUUUACCAGGGAAUCGACCCCCAAUCAUGUAUCAUGCGAGAAGCUUCGAAAGUGGACUCGACUCGGAUGGUAGAAACGAGUCACCGUAUAAUCAUAUAUACGGAAGGUUCCCGGUACCAACCAGAGGUGUACUUCCUCCUGCGCCUAGAGCAAUGUACAUCGGAGAAUGGGAUUAAGAAAUAAACAAAUAAAGAGAACCAAUAAAGUUAACCAGAAGGAAGUUAGCGUAUAAAAGAAACGAAUAACAAAAGAAGGAAAAGAAGCUAUGUCGUAAGGAUGUAACUUCCUCUGACGAUAUGUAACAGUGGAUUAGAAGAUAUAACGGAAUUUAAAGAAGAAAUAAAAGACACCCGUGCAUCAGGAGGGGCAGAGGAUGUGAAGCAUCCUAGGAUCGAAAGCAGAGACGAAGACUAUGCGUAAGAAGGUAAUAAUUAAGAGCAGAGAGAGCUAAAACAGGAGAGCAGAUGAAAUAGAAAAAGGGAGAACUAAUCUUCCGUUUGUACCUAUAAACUGUAUAUUGUUAAUGUACUACAUAAAAUACUCAAAUUUUUAUUGCAAUAAAAUUGUAGAACGAUG